AUGAAUAACGAAGACCUCACCAGAAAUAACAACAACUGUUGCGACAACAUCAACUGCAGUCGUGAAAACAUGAAGGAUGGUAUUAAAAACGACAAAACUGAAAGCAGCAACACCACUACCACUACCAGUAACCACAUCAGCAGUAGCUACAACAGCCACAACAACAACAACAACAAUAUCAACAACAAUGAUUCCAUUUCUAAUCUCAUCUACACUGACUCCGCUCACAAAGAGACAACAUUCAAACGUAAAAGGAGUAAUAAUAAUAAUAACAAAAACAACAACAAAAACAUUAACAACUACAACAACAACAUCAAUAACAUCAACAAAGACAUCAUCAAAGCCAUCAACAACAACAACAUCAACAACAGCAACAUCAACAGCAACAUCAACAUCAACAAAAACAUCAACAACAACAACAUCAACAACAUCAACAAAGACAUCAACAAAAUCGCCAAAAACAAUAAUAAUGACAUCAUCAACAACAUAAAAAGUUAG